GAAUAAUAACGCCUGGGGGUUCUGACCUAGCAUUAGUUGGAGGAGGGCUGGGAAGGAGGGCCUUCCCUCUGAGAGCCUGUUGAUGCACGCCUCACCCAGCAGCACCCAGCCCCCUGUCCUCAUGGAUCCCCGAGGGGACCGGCUGAGCAUCCCUGGUGUCUGGCUCCCACUGUACUUUGGUGCCUUGGGGCUAUGCUCUGUGGUUACUGGUGGCUGCAUGGUCUUUCUCCACUGGAGGAAGAAGGUUCGAAGGGAAGAGCAGGCCCAGGAGUGGGUGGAAGUCAUGCAGGCGGCCACCUUCACCUACAGCCCCCUCCUCUACUGGAUCAACAAGCGUCGGCAGUAUGGCAUGAACACUGGGAUCAAAGUGGAACUGCCCAUGGUCAUCCCGAAGCCAGAGGUCUCCAAACCCCUGAUAGGCGUCCACGAAGGAAAGAGCAAAGCCAUCCCAGCCAGACCCAUCCUGUCCUCGGCCUCCGCACCACCUCUGGCCUGUUAUUCAGCCCCAGGGCCACGCAAUCCCACCUUCCAAGAGGUGCCCUAUGCCCCUUCGCUGUGCAACCUGCCGCCCAUGGCGAACCACUCCGCCUCCUACCCUUUCACCAUCUACCCUGAGAGGAGCACCCAGUUUCAUUCUCUGCCAGCUCUGGCCCAUGGGGACUAUCACUUCAACCCCAAGAGCCUGGCUUAUGAGCUGUAGCUUGCCCCUGGUCUGAUGGAGGCAUGGGGAGGGCUGUGGGGUCAGGAACCCCCAAUGGUCGGGGGUUUGCUCUGGAUUCAAAUCCAUGCAAUAAUCUUUUUUUCUUAAAA